AUGGUUCAGAAGCAUGCAGCAUUUGGUGAUGAUAGUGAUUCUGAUAAAUCUGAUGGAGGAGGAACAGACUGGGCUAAAAAGGCACUAAAAACUGGUGAUAAAAUUUCCAUUAAAAGACAAACAAAGAUUGAAAUGCAAAGAGCUCUUGAUCAAGAUUCUACAGUUUAUCAGUAUGAUGAAGUUUAUGAUCAAAUGGAAAAAGGUAAACAAGAAAAAUAUCAGCGGGAUAAGGAUCGUAAACCUAAAUACAUUCAGAAGCUAUUGGUUUCUGCAGAAAAACGAAAAAUAGAAAAUGAGCGUAGAAUCGAAAGACAAGUUCAAAAAGAAAGAGAAGCAGAAGGAGAUGAAUUUAAAGAUAAGGAAACUUUUGUCACAGCAGCAUACAAAAAGAAAUUAGAGGAAUUCGCUAAGCUUGAUGCUGAACAAAGAAGACAAGAUAUGCUUGAAGACAUAUGUGAUGUUAGUAAACAACAAGACAUUAGUGGAUUUUACCGCCACCUUUAUCAGCAGACUAUGAGUGGUCCUAAAGAGGAUUCACCAUCUAAGAAUAAUGUUUCUAAGGAUGAAUCUGAUACACCUAAAAAAGAUUCUCAUCGUCAAGUCCAUCAAUCAGGAAAUGGUCAUAAUGAAGAUAUCUCUGUAAAAAAUAAUUUAUCCAAAGAAGAAAAGAAAUCUGAUAGUAAGAAAGUUGAUCUAAAAAAAGAUAGGCAGUACAGAAAAAGGAAAGAAUCAGAAAGUUCGGUUGAAAAAAACAAAGAUUCUGAUGGUGAUACCUCUUCUUCAUCUUCUUCAAGCGGUGAAUCAGACUCAGAAAAAUCAAGCCAUUCUGAAACAGAAGACCCUAAACGUAUACGAUCCAAAGAAUAUUCAUCUACUGUAGAAGUAGUGCCUGCUGAAGUGAUUACUGUAUCUGAACCAGCAAUUUUACCUAACCCUGAACCUUUAAUAUCAAUUUGGGAAAAAAGGACAGUUGGUCAUGUAUUUGAUGCAGCUCUGAAACGUUACUUAGAAAGGAAAAAUGCUAGGCUAGCAGCAGUUUCAUGA